CACCAACAGAAAGCAUUCAUGGCCAGGUUCAGGCUGUUUCUACUCCUGCUGCUGGCCCAGCCACCGCCGUCCUCCUUGCUGCCAUGGCCAGACACUGCACAAGGCACCAUGGCAGGCCUAAUCCUGACUGCGCUCGAGAAAGCCACCUUGUUCCUGGAGGACAGGCUGCCUCUAAUCAACCUGGAUGGUGCAGUGGGAUUCCAAGUGCUGGAAGUGCAACUCCGAGGAGUCCAGGGAAAAUGGGCUUUCGACCCGCUGCUGCAGCCUCUCAGCUUGCGUGCUGGACAGCUGGCCAACACACUGUCUGCCCUACUCCAAAAAUCCAUCUUCUAUCUUAAGCAGAGUGACCCCACAUACCUAAGAGAGUUCCAACCAAGCAUUCAGCCUGGGUUUUGGAAGUUGCCACAUGCAUGGACACGCACCAAUGCCUCCCUGGUCUACCCCCAGCUGGAGCCCCUGGACUCAUUCUCAGAGGAAAGCAGUGAUGCAUGCCUGGUGCUACUGCUAGGAACCGGGACAGACAGUAGCCAGCCUUGCAGGCUCUCCAAUUUCUGCAGAACCUUUAUGACCAAGGCCGGAUGCUCAGGAUACUGCCUGUCUCACCAGCUGCUCUUCUUCCUCUGGGCCAGAAUGAAAGGGUGCACAGAAGGGCUGUUCCACCAGAGCCAGCACUACAUGAAUGUCUUCUGUGCCAAUAUGAUGGAACUGAACCGGAGAGCCGAGGCCAUCGGAUACGCCUAUCCCACCCAAGACCUCUUCAUGGAAAACAAGCAAAGGAGACAGAGGCAUGCAGGUCCCUUAAGCACCCCCUCCUGUGGUGGCCCCAGGGACACGGGGCAGAUGGUGGAGACAGACGUACAGAGGAGACUUGGUGUGUUUGCAGUCAUGUUCUGUGGUAUGGCCGGCUUCUCCGACUUCUACAAGCUGCGCUGGCUGGAGGCUAUUCUCAGCUGGCAGAAGCCCCAGCUAGGAUGCUUUGGGAAGCCUGAUGCGAAGGGGGAGCUUCUGGAAGGCACUCCACAUCGGCAGGGCGGUCUGAGAAGAGUUCGAAGACGGGAGAGACUGUUCACAGAUGGCUGUUCUUGCCACAACACAGCCACUGCAGUCGCAGCCCUGGGUGGCUUUCUCUACAUCCUGGCAGAAUACCACCCAGACAAUGGAGAGCCACAUCCACCCACACCGUCACCAGAGAGCAACUAUCAAGAUGGUGCUCCCAUGCCUGAGGUCCAGAGGAUUGGAGGGCCCCUUAGCAUUUCUCCUUAGAUCCUGGAGUCAGGGGUCACAUGCUGUGGGGGCAUCUGGGGAAAGUGAGCAACUAUAACCCCAUCACACAUCCAUGUGUUUAAAAGUCUCAAGAGAGCAGGCUCAGGGAAGGCACUGUUGUUGAGUGGGGUUGACCAGAUAUCAGCAGAAUACACAAAGCAGUCAAUUACAGCUGAGUCUUUUGUCUUUUG